AUCCUUUUAAAAAGUAAGUCUCAUCGCGAGGGUUUGUGCAAAAUUUCUGUAAUAAUUGUAGAAUGAGUAGAGCGGAAAUUUAUUUUUUAUUCGUUUGGAUGAUGGUGGGAGUCGAUUGCUUCCCUCAACAAAUAAAUGUACCCAAGUUUCAAAAUAUCACUGAAUGUUUUUAUAAUGGUUCUCGAUAUAAUUUUGGAGAAGAAGUACCCGUUGGAAAUAAUUGUCUUAAGUGUGUCUGUGAUGAGCGUUUCAACAGAUUAGGCAAAGCUUCCUGUGCUAUAAUUGAUUGCCCGUGGGGUUAUUUAUUCUCGUUAUAUCCGGGAUGUGUCCCUUUAUAUUCGGACAAAGAAUGUUGUCCGAUAAAAUGGGACUGUGGUGCUGGUUUAUUGAAAAAAGAUGAUUCUUGUCAAUGUGAUUUGAACCGUUUAACAAAACAUUAUGAAAGCAAAGGAUGUACACCUGUGUAUGGAAAGAAAGGAUGUCAUUGUCCUACUAGAUACACAUGUCCAGAACUUCCAGAAAUCUCUUCAGAUACUCAACCCAUGCAGUACAGUGGUUAUAAAUUAUUGAGUGCAUUUCAGGAAGGAAUAAAAACAAUAACACACAAACAUAUGUGUAGAUAUCAUGGAAAAACUUAUGAAAUUGGUGAAAGUAUCGAAUCAGAUAAUCUUUGUGAGAGAUGCCGAUGUUCUUCUUUAACAUCCGAAGAAGCAACUAUACAAUGUAUUAGUAUCGAAUGUCCCUCUGAUCUUGGUGUUCCUGUAAAAGAAGGUUGUUACUAUGGUUACAAUUUUUCUCGUUGUUGUCCACAGGAAAUAUGUCCUACAGAAGAGGAAAGUGACAACUGUAAGUAUAUAGAUUUUUAUUUAUUCAAGGACUUUUAAAUUAUAUUAAUUAAUGUAGAUAACAAUAAUAUUUAUUAAUUUAUAAAUA